AUGCCGCUCACAGCGAAAGAGGUUGUCGCCCACCCAGCCUUCCAAACUAGAGAAUGGGACUUGCCCCCUACGAAGCAGGGGGAAUCCGAAGUCGCCAAGGGACGGCCGGGCGGCCCGUUUAAGCUUCACUACGAAAUCCAUGGAUCAGGAGACGUCAAGCUGGUGUGGAUCAUGGGUCUCGGAGCCUAUUUGACGGCAUGGAAGCGACAGACGAAAUACUUCGGCCACGAAAGAGCACAGCGGUAUUCGAGUCUAGUCUUCGACAACCGCGGGAUGGGGCUCAGCAACAAGCCCACGUGCCGGUACUCGACGUCAGAGAUGGCCAAAGACACGGCCGAGCUUCUGCAGCAAAUUGGAUGGCUGCCCUGUGGAGAGUUGUCACCGUCACCGUCACCGUCACCGGCCUCCUCGGGGCCUCGACAACGCAACCUGCACAUCAUCGGUGUGAGCAUGGGCGGGAUGAUCGCGCAAGAACUCGGGCUGCUGAUCCCGGAGUCCGUUGCGUCGCUGAGCCUGGUGUCGACAGCGCCACGACUGGUGCGGACGAUCCCGUUCAUCGAGAACCUACGCCAGCGGAUCAACAUGUUCAUCCCACGCGACAUAAACGUGCAGCUGGACGAGAUUUCGCACCGGCUGUUUUCCGACGCCUUCCUCCAGCUCCCGGACACCGAGCAGCCGGCCGAUUCGGGCUUGAAUUACCCUACCAACCGCGACCGCUUUGCCGCGGGAGAACUCGCCAAGCGCAGCGACUCCGAGGGCUUCACGAAAAAGGGCUUCGUGCUGCAGGCCAUUGCCGCCGGCUGGCACCACAAGACCGCCCGGCAGUUGCGCCAGCUCGCCGACAGCGUCGGCAGGGAGCGCAUCGCCGUGCUGCAUGGCACGCAUGAUCGGAUGAUCACGUUCCACCACGCCGAGUUGCUGAAGGAGGAGUUGGGCGAGGGUGUCACCGUUAAAGUGUGGGAUGGGGCAGGGCAUGUGCUGGGCUGGGAAGAAGAGCAGAGCUUCAAUCGCUUCCUGGAAGACUUCUUUGAGCGGUGCGAAAAGACCCAAGGCUAG